AUGGAGUAUCUCAACAGAUGCUUAGGGAAAUUGAAGAAUAAACCUGAUUUCAACUUUCACCCUAAGUGUGAAAAGCUUAAUUUAAUCAACAUAUCUUUUGCUGAUAACCUUAUACUGUUCUCUAGAGGGGAUUCUACUUCUGUGAAUAUUCUGAUGGAAGAGUUCAAGCAGUUCUCAGAGGCAACUGGUUUAAAGGCUCAUUCUGCCAAGUGCAAAUUGUAUUUUGGGGGAGUUCACCAAACAACCCAGGAUGACAUUAUGCAGAACACAGGUUUUUCUAAAGGUGAUCUUCCUUUUAAAUACUUAGGAGUCCCUUUGGAUAGUAGGAAAAUAUCUGUGCUGAAUUGUAGGCCUCUUAUAAACAGGAUUGUAGGGAAAAUCGCUCACUGGACAUCUAAGCUUUUAAGCUAUGAGGUAGAUUGCAACUCAUAA